AGUCUGACCUGAUGCCAACGCAAGGGGGCUCAUUAUGAACGCCCCUCUCGCCGGAAUCUGGCCCUGGCUCCCGCUGCUCUGGGCCUGGCUCGUCCCCGAGGUCAGCUCUUCAUGGUGGUACAUGAGAGCUACAGGCACCUCCAGGGUGAUGUGUGACAAUGUGCCAGGCUUGGUGAGCCGCCAGCGCCAACUGUGCCACCGACACCCGGAUGUAAUGCGUGCCAUUGGCCUGGGGGUGGCCGAGUGGACGGCAGAAUGCCAGCACCAGUUCCGACAGCACCGCUGGAACUGUGACACCCUGGACAGAGACCACAGCCUCUUUGGCCGGUUGCUGCUCCGAAGUAGUCGGGAAUCUGCCUUUGUUUACGCCAUCUCCUCAGCCGGAGUUGUAUUUGCUAUCACCAGGGCCUGUAGCCAAGGAGAGUUAAAAUCCUGUUCCUGUGAUCCAAAGAAGAAGGGUACUGCCAAGGACAGCAGGGGCACUUUCGAUUGGGGUGGCUGCAGCGACAACAUCGAUUAUGGGGUCAAGUUUGCCCGCGCCUUCGUGGAUGCCAAGGAGAAGAAAGGGAAGGACGCCAGGGCGCUGAUGAACCUUCACAACAACAGAGCCGGCAGGAAGGCGGUCAAGCGCUUCUUGAAACAAGAGUGCAAAUGUCACGGGGUGAGCGGCUCCUGUACUCUGAGGACGUGCUGGCUGGCCAUGGCCGACUUCAGAAAGACGGGCGAUUAUCUCUGGAGGAAGUACAACGGGGCCAUCCAGGUCGUCAUGAACCAGGACGGCACCGGUUUCACUGUGGCCAACAAGAGGUUCAAGAAGCCAACGAAAAAUGACCUUGUGUACUUUGAGAAUUCGCCAGACUACUGUAUCAGGGACCGGGAUGCAGGCUCCCCAGGUACAGCAGGCCGAGUCUGCAACCUGACCUCCCGAGGCAUGGACAGCUGCGAAGUCAUGUGCUGCGGGAGAGGCUAUGACACCUCCCGCGUCACCCGCAUGACCAAGUGUGAGUGUAAGUUCCACUGGUGCUGUGCCGUGCGCUGUCAGGACUGCCUGGAGGCUCUGGACGUGCACACCUGCAAAGCCCCCAAGAGCGCCGACUGGGCGGUGCCCACAUGACCCAAUGGAGGCCACCAGCCACCCUCCCGCCCGCCAGGAUGCCAUGGAUCUGCGAGGACACAAGACGCGGGGCUCUCCCCUGGGGGAGGAAGGGGGGGUGUUAUUUCCAAAGGCACGCGGCCUCUGUCGCAACCGAAGCUUCUUUUCUCUCCCUGGGGGCCCAAGACCUAGGGCACCCUCUCUUUCUCUUCCCUCCUUCUCAGGUCACCCUUUGUGUGGUGAGUUUUCUUGGGAAAAACCAUGACAGGCUGUCGGUGGGAAGGUUGCUGGAUGCAGAACACUUUCUCCACUCCCCUGGACUCCUCUCUGGGGAGUCGCUGGCCGGGGGUGGGGGAUGUAGUUCUCCAAGGAACGUCGUCUGUGUCGUCCAGCAAAGUCUCACCGUUCAGAAAUGGCAGCGUGUUCUCUGGGGCAAGAAAGGAAAGACAGCAGACUCGACUCCCACUGAAUUCCCAGUGGUUCUUGAGAAAAACUGAGUCAAGUUUUUGUCUCAUCAUGUGGCUCUCCAACCCCCAACCCCCCAGGAUUCCUUGGUGAUUGCCCGUAGGCUGUCUUUCAAUAAACUUCUGCUUAAAAGUG